AUGGCUGAGCCGCGCACCGCGUCCCCGCGCCGCCUGCCCGCGCUGCGCCGGCCCCGGUUUCUGCCGCCGUUGCUGCUGCUGCCGCCGCCGCCGCCGUUGCUGCUGCUGCUGCUGCUGCUGUUGCGGCUGCCUGCGCCAAGCCUGGGUCUGGGCCAUUCUGCUGAACUGGCAUUUUCUGUGGAGCCAAAUGAUGAUAUUGCCAACCCUGGGCAGCCUAUAGUGCUGGGCUGCAAAGUGGAGGGCACCCCUCCAGUGCAAGUCUCCUGGAGGAAGAAUGGAGCAGAGCUACCGGAGGGCGUUCAUACCACCCUGCUGGCCAAUGGCUCCUUGCUGAUCCACCACUUCAGGCUGGAGCAAGGAGGUAGCCCUUCAGAUGAGGGUGACUAUGAAUGUGUGGCUCAGAACCGCUUUGGGCUGCUGGUCAGUCGGAAAGCUCGUAUCCAGGCUGCAACUAUGUCCGACUUCCACGUGCACCCCCAGGCCGUCAUGGGUGAGGAGGGUGGUGUGGCCCGCUUCCAGUGCCAAAUCCAUGGGCUUCCCAAGCCCCUGAUCACAUGGGAGAAGAACAGAGUCCCCAUUGACACAGACGAUGAGAGGUACACACUACUGCCCAAGGGAGUCCUGCAGAUAACAGGACUUCGGGCUGAGGAUAGCGGCGUCUUCCACUGUGUGGCCUCAAACAUUGCUAGUGUGCGUGUCAGCCACGGGGCCAGGCUCACUGUGUCAGGCUCAGGCUCUGGGACCUACAAGGAGCCCACCAUCCUUGUGGGGCCUGAGAAUCUCACCCUGACAGUGCACCAGACUGCGGUGCUGGAGUGUGUCGCCACGGGCAACCCGCGCCCCAUUGUGUCCUGGAGCCGCCUGGAUGGCCGCCCCAUUGGGGUGGAGGGCAUCCAGGUGCUGGGUACAGGAAACCUUAUCAUCUCAGAUGUGACCGUCCAGCAUUCAGGUGUCUAUGUCUGUGCAGCCAACAGACCUGGCACCCGGGUGAGGAGGACAGCCCAGGGUCGGCUGGUCGUACAAGCGGGUCAUUCCCAGGGCUCACACAUGUUCCUUCCUGGGAAGCCGUUUCAUUCACACGUGUGCCACUUCCACGCUCACGCCCGCCUGCUGUGCGCUACGCUCACACUGAGCAUUUCUGGAGUUGGACCUGAAGAUGAAGCCAUCUACCAAUGUGUGGCUGAGAACAUUGCUGGCUCGUCACAAGCCAGCGCCAGGCUGACGGUGCUGUGGGCCGAGGGGUUGCCAGGCCCCCCACGCAAUGUCCGCGCUGUCUCUGUGUCCUCCACUGAGGUUCGAGUGUCCUGGAGUGAGCCUCUGGCCCACACCAAGGAGAUCAUUGGCUAUGUCUUGCACAUCAGGAAGGCUGCCGACUCACCCAAGCUAGAGUACCAGGAAGCUGUCAGCAAGAGCACCUUUCAGCACCUGGUGAGAGACCUUGAGCCCUCCACUGCCUACAGCUUCUACAUCAAAGCCUACACACCACGAGGGGCCAGUUUAGCCUCUGUCCCCACCCUGGCCAGCACCCUGGGUGAAGCCCCUGUCCCACCCCCAUUAUCUGUGCGGUUGCUGGGCAGUUCCUCUCUACAACUGCUAUGGAAGCCCUGGCCACGGCUGGCCCAACACAACGGAGGCUUCAAACUGUUUUACCGCCCAGUCAGUGCAACCUCCUUCACUGGCCCCAUCUUGCUCCCUGGGACUGUCUCCUCUUACAACCUCAGCCAGCUUGACCCCAGCACUGUGUACGAGGUGAAGCUCCUCGCCUACAACCAGCAUGGAGACGGAAACGCCACGGUCCGAUUUGUGUCUUUGAAGGGAGCCUCUGAGAGGACAGCCCUGACUCCCCCAUGUGACUGCCGGAAGGAAGAUGUCACCAACCAUACGUCUACUACAGGCAUUGUUAUCGGCAUCCACAUCGGAGUCACCUGCAUCAUCUUCUGCGUCCUCUUUCUUCUGUUUGGCCAGAGGGGCAGGGUCCUCCUGUGUAAGGAUGUGGAAAACCAGCUCUCCCCUCCCCAGGGUCCCCGGAGCCAAAGGGACCCUGGUAUCCUGGCCCUGAAUGGAGUGAGCCGAGGAGAAGGGGGCCAGCUGAGCGGAGAAGAAAAGCCAGUGGACGCCAAGGAGUUGGAGCAGCUGUUCCCCACAGCUGGAUCAGCUGUGCAGUCAGGCUCCAGGCCCACGGAUCCCACAGCCCCUGCUCCAUGUGAGGAGACCCAGCUCUCCAUGGUGCAGCUUCAAGGCUUCAACCUUGUGUCAGGGAGGACAACAGAGGCCAUGUCCCCCUGUGCAGGGCCUGGGCCUGUCCCAGCACCCCAGGAUGUAGGCCCUGUCCCCCUCAGUGAAGGACAGGCCCAGCCUCCAGCAGUCACAGUGCCCCAGUGAGCAGCAUCGGUGUGUUCCCGAGGGGUGGUACCCCAUUCUCAGGUCAAAGGCGAGGUUUUUCCUGUUCCGUGGGAUUUGGAGCUCAUCAGUGAAGGACAGGGUUCUCAAACCACAGGAACCAGUGGGUCCUACAAGCAAGGCAUCUCCCUGCUGGAGCCAAUGUCCCCUCACCAAUGCCUGCUACCCACAGGACUUAGGAAACAAAUGUUUUCCUUUAAAAAUCAAAAUUUAAAAGUCAAAAAAGGAAAAGAAAGAAGAAAGCGAGAGGAAGUGAAUUAUACUCCAAAAAUAUGUCCUUGCUGUGGCCCGGCCCCUGAUGCUGUCACCCUGCUCGGACCUUGUUUUCUCAGGAUGGAUUUUGAGCUGUUGUGACUCUCAGCACCUACCUCAGCCGGAAUGAAUGUCCUUGGGGGUAGCGGGGCUGUAGCCUCUGCCUCUACCCCACAGAGCCCGAAAGCACUCCUACCUCAAGCCCCUUAAUGGGGGCCCCUUCCCACCUAUAUUGCUGCCCAGAGUAACAGA